AUGGACACAGUGACUCUUCUCCUCAUAUUCCUGGUCUCCUGCAUCCUGUGUUUCUACACCUGGAACAGCAUGUACAGGGAACAAAACCUGCCCCCUGGACCAACCCCACUGCCCUUUCUCGGGAACCUUCUCCAGUUGAAAACGGGGCAGCUGGUGGAUUGUCUGUCACAGGUUGGUAGAUGGAUUGCAAUGUAACGGGAACAAUGCCAGUGGUGAUUCACAUAUAAUCUUUAUAUUAUUUAUUUAUUUAUAAAAUAUUUAACCAGGAAGGAUACAUUGAGAUUUAUCUCAUUUUCAAGUAUGUCCUGGGCCCACAAACACUGCAUUGUUACAAGAGGGUACAAUAUAAUAUUACAAAAAAAAAUACUACAAUAUACUAUACUUAUAUGCAUACACACCUAUAUAAAUUUAGCACAUAACAUGUAAUAAAUAUAGUCAACAAUGACAGGUACAUUUUGUGCUGAGGUAUAUUGCCAUAGAUCUCUUAAAGGAUUGUAGGUUGAGUGAAGAUUUGACUGUGUCCAUGAGGUUACUCCAUAAUUGCGGUGCUCUGUAGGAAAAUGAGGAUCGAGCCAUUUUAUUUUUGUAUUGCGUAUGCUAAAUAUCAUGCUAGUACUGGAUCAGAGGUUCAGAGGUUAUAGUAGGUGGGAACAGCUGACGAGAGCAUUUUUCUCAGGUAGGGUGGGAGCUCCCUACAGGAGAGUUUGCCAGACUGACACACCACUCUAUUGAUCACUAAAAAUGCUUUUUCUUAUUUAACCAAAUGCAUUCUAAGAGUUAUGUUGGUUGAAGUAAGAACAACAUAGAUACAAAAUAAAAAAAUAUUGGCUCAACAGGGCAUGAGAUGGCUGAAAAAAACAGGAAAAGAAAUCAGAUUUUACAUAUUCUCUCCCCAACAGAUCCUGAUCUUCUCCCUGUCUUCAUCUUAAACUCCAAUAAUCUUUCUGUUCUCUCUCAAUACAUGUACAUGUUUUCUCUGCCCUCCAAACUUUCACUGACCUUUUACUUCUGUCUUUGACCGUUUCACUCCAUUCUCUCAAUGACCCUUGACCUGUUUUUGAGCCAUUCUCUCCUGCAUCUCUGUCUUUUGACCUUUUCACUCCAUUCUUUUCAUGACCCCUGACCUGUUGUUUUUGACCUUUUCACUCUGUUAUGUCCAUGACCCCCUGACUUCGGUAUUUAGUGCCAUCACUCCUUAUGCUCCAUGACUAUAAGCACUCUCUUUGUAGCCACACUCUCUUGACAUACCCCUCUUUCGUCAGAUUGACCCAUACUCCCACUCUGUCCUCACUCCCUGACUCCUUGCUGCAGCUGUAAGAAGCUGUAUAAUUCUCUAUGAAUUACAAAUGGCAAGAUGAAGUUAAAUUCUGUAGGAUCAUUUUUGCAUUGGAAAUAUCUCUGUGAAAAUAAAUAUAAUAUAUAAAAUAUAAUACAUUCAAGUAGGUCUAGGUUCUCACACGCGGGGCUGUGACCCCUAAGUUUGGGGAGUUGCUUAGACAGAUUCGAGAUGGUACAUCUAAGAUCGUUGUCCAGAAGAGUGUUGUUCUAGGAACAGCUAAGAUACUGCACAGAACCCUCAAACUCUAAGGUCCUUGGUAGAGGACCCGAUAAAGAGGAAUAACUAUACCACCCCGGAGAGGUGAGAAAAUCUAUUUUACAUAUAUAUUCAGACACUCCUCACUUACCGACCGGGUUCCGUUUCUACGAUCCGGUCGUAGAAUGAAUUGGUCGGUAAGUGAUCAGUUAAGGGAUUCCCUGCUCUGCUACAUUCUUCUAUGUUUGGUGAAAUGUCCCUGAACAUAGACAACGCAACAGAGCAGCGAAUCCAUCUAAUCUAUGUUCGGGGAAAUUUGAGCUGGUCAUAACUGCGUAAAGCAGGUAAAAGCAGGUAGGUCGUUAAACGAGGACCCCCUGUAUAUAUAUAAUGCCAAAAUAGCAGAGAAUUGCAGUAUGUAAUGAUACCUUUUUUAUUGGAGUAACAUAAGGCACAUCUUCUGCUAUUUAUGACACCCCACUCACCCCUCCUUCCUCCCCUUCUCUAACAUCAGUUGAGAAGGCCACUUACCAAAAAAGCCAUUCGUUCCCAACGAUUGCUGCGAAACCCGUAGUAGACGCCGCAUCUGACCAUAUGGCUGGAGAUAUGUCAGACAAUCCUGGGAGGAACAAGCUUUAACCAUUCCAGUGAUCAGUAUUGCUUCAGACCUGAGAAAGAGAGGAAAACUAUUGAAAGCUUGUCUUUGAAAUAUUAUGCUAGUCCAUAAAAAAAAGGUAAUAUUGCAAACUGGGAUUUUGACAUCUUGUCUACUAGACUAAUACGGCAAAUCCAAUCUACACUAUACAUAUAGAGAGAGAGAAAAAAGAAAAAUCUCUUGCACUCACGCUGUAAAUGUCCCUUGUUUGCCGGGUGCUAAGCCAGGGCUUGGUUAUCCAGAUAUCCAAAGAGGUAGCAGCACUCAUGGAGUUUAAAAGUUCCAAUCUUUAUUCAUAUUAAAAAUCAUGAUCAACGUUUCAGUCCUCUAUAUAGGACUUUCUUCAGGAUUGAUUUUUAUUGUGUUGUUCAUAUUAAGUACUUCACUUCCAGAAUCGAGUGAACAUAAUGGUAAAGGAAUAUAUUUCACUGUUAUAAGCCACAGGUCUAAUGGCUGCAAGUCUGCUGAAAAUGUCAGUUCACCCCCAGCUUUCAAAGACUAAAGGAAGUUUCAUUGGGUCAUACCAUUCCAACAGUCAGGGAGGGGAAAAUUUACUCUGCUAUUUCAGUUUUAGGCAGGCAUUCCAGAAUUUGAUUUUAAACAAAAUUGCUAUAGCAGCUUUAAACACUUUUAAUUUAGAACUAUAUGAUUUAACUCAGUUAAAAUAUAUCAUAAGACAAGGUAAAGACUUGAAGGGGCAGCAACGACAGGAAUCUGUAACAGAGUUACAGAGUUAUUAACUAAAGUGAGAAUUCACUUAAAGCAUUAGGUGAUUAAGAAAAUGUUUUCCAGUUUGACAAUUUUGACCUUAAAUUUGAAAUUUACUUUAAAUUCUCACCUCUUUGCACUAGUGAAUAACCUUGUUUAUCUCUAAUUCUCACAUGUAUACCUGAUGAUUUUACUUAAACUCACUCACUAUAUAUUAGCUGCCUUAAAGGAACACUAUAGCGUUAGGAAAACACAUGUGUAGUCCUAACACUGUAGUGCCCUAGUCACCAUUUAGAUAACUGCUGCAUAAAAGGUGAAUUUUACUUACCUUUUCUCCCUUUCAGCGCUGGUCUCUAGCAUGCAGCUCUGCCUAUUUGGCUAAGAUCAUCAGUAUAGAUGUUCUCAGCCAAUCCAAUACCCUCCCACAGUCAAGCUUUGGGAGUCUAGUGCAUAUGUGCAGCAAAACGCCAUGCUGUUCCCAUCAGAUCAUCAUUCUGAGACCAUCAGACUAAAACAGAGAUGUUUUAUUUCACCGUUUCACAGAAGAGCCUCUAGGGGCAGUCAGUAUGACAGAUAUCAAUGGUUUUAGGUGCAGAGUUGAAAUGGGGGCUACAUGGCACCAGAUCACUUCAUUAAGAUGAUGUGGUAUGAGUGUCUAUAGUGUUCCUUUAAUGUAUGAUAACCAAGUAAUCUAUAGUAGUUAUCUAAAAUAACCCAAAAUGUCACGUCUGAAGAAGUUAUUUCAAAAAGUAUCCCUGGCUUCCCUCUACACCAAAUACAAGCUCCAUAGAAGGGAAAAUGUGAUGUUCAUGGCAGUUUUACAUCUUUAAAGAUCAAAAGACUUGUCAGAAGAGAAAGUAUUAGUAUAAGAAACCAUGUAAUCAGGUGACAAUAACUUGAUGAGAACCUGUCCACCUGAAGACAUUUCCUCAUAGGCUCCAAGAAAUGGCAGCAUUCUCUGUAGAGUUCAUAGAUGAAUUAUCAACAUGCGGUGUAAGCCACCAUAUACCCAUCAUCAUCAUCAUCAUCAUCAUCAUCAAUAAGCAGAAUGUGAGUUCAGAUUAAAUAAAACCUUAUAGGGUAAGCGUUAUUCCUAGAAAUCAGUUUUCACCACACACUAACAGCAUUAUUUUGCUUUUAAUGAACAAGGAUAUGUUAUAUUUUUUGUUGUCUUGUUUUGUAUUAUUUUUGAUUUAUUUUUUUCCGUUUCCUUUUGAUUUAGAUUUUUUUUUUAAAACAAUCUUCUGUCAAUGUAGCCAUUUUUACAUUAGGCUACGCCUGAUUACCACAGAGCGGAUGCUUUCAAUCUGUUAACAAGUCUGAGACUAGGAGAUGUCACAUGGCUUGGCAAACCAUAGGCCGGGUGAGUAUGAUGGUGCCAAGAAAUACUGAACUUUCUAGAUGAAUCAGUAUGGCUGCCAACCUCUCUCUGUAGUAGGGCCAGGAAACAGGGCCAAAAUUGCAUUUCAAACACCUGGAGUUUGUCAUGUAAAACUAAAACAGAGUGUAAGAAAUUACAGAGAACAGACAAAAACUAAUUUAGCUUGAAUCAACCUAUAUAUGGAAACUCUAACACAGACGGAUAGAAUGAAGAAGUCAGAAGGCAUCUACACAACAGGGAGCAAUACUUCAAGCGAUGGGUGGUGUGCCUAUCUGGCAGACCAGCUAGAUGCUUACCUUCAGAUUAGAUUGUCAGCACUGAGCUUGAGUAUACGCUCACGUGUUCACGACUUGGAAAAACCAGAAGAGGUGAAUCAGGUGAUAAUUUCUAAUGUUAAGGGUCCCUCAAAACCAUCUGUUCCUGCACCUCCAACUCGUCUUCCUGCAAACACAUGUCUGUUAGUCUGCCUAUUGUACAGCACUGUGGAAUUUGUUGGAGCUUUCUAAAUAAUAAUUAUAAUAAUAAUAAUAUGGCAUGGCAGAUUAACAGUUGUAUCUUGCAACUCAGACUGCUGCACCGUUACUUGCGCAAAUUGCCCUGAAGACAGUCCUAUCAAUUUAGACGGAGCAUAUAGGACACUUAGUCAUAAGGGCAGACCCAGAGCAGGACUAAGAUACAGUACCACCAUAUUUGGUCUUCAACUACCACAACAUCAGCACUGACAAACUAUUUCUUAUGAGAGAAGAGUUGAUUCUUGAGUGUUGGGCCCCAGAUAUGAAGAUUGAGAUCCAAAUAAUGAUACCCAAAACCAUGGUAGAUCAUCCUUUUUACUCUGUUCAUCAUCCUUGGUCUGGAAUUCUAGUUCCACAAUAUCUGUUUUACCGUAUGUAGCUUGUCCGUUUAUGAAGAUGGAUUAACAGAUCUCUUGAACAUAUUUCAUGACUUAUCCAAUACUAGCUCCUGUUGUAAGAUUGGAUGGGUACUGGAUAUCAUCACCCCAUGGGACGGGUUACCUAACUCUACUUACCUGCAUUGUCUUAUGGCCACUUGUCAUCAAACCUGCCUUACUAGUUAUUGCAUACUCUUUGGUGAUCUCUCCUACUUUUGUUAUGAUUAUUAUUAUAUUCUCCUUAAUUAACAGCAAUAUCAAGAUCUUCACAUGACUACUGAAAAUAGACAGCUAUUUCCUAUGAUGUUCCUUGCUUCACUCUCUGCACAGAAGCAUUGAAGGUCAGACUAUCAGUUCUCAAACACUGUCUGACCCAAGAUACAUUUAUAUGACUGACGAAUCCUUUUAUAUACUAAAGGUGGGAAUUAGUUUUUCUCAUUAUUUUACACAUACUUUAUUUAAAAAAAAAUUAUAUUUCCUUUCAAAACAUAAAUAAAUUAUUAUUAAAUUAGCAUGUGAAAAGAAAGAAGGCAUAAAAAUAAUAUUGCUGUGUAUCAUAAACUUGAUGGAUUGCAUGCUCACAUGGUAGAGAAUCUUUAAAACAAAAUCUCAUUUAAACAUAAACACCUUGUAUCAGUAUUACACGCGUACCUCCCAACAAACAGCUAUUUUCAUAAUGAUUUCCUUAAACUGAUUGGAGACUUAAUUCAGUGCAUGCAUAUAGACAGAGAAAAUGAAAUAAUGUAGUGUAGACUUAAAGGACCAUUCUAGGCACCCAGACCACUUCAGCUUAAUGGAGUGGUCUGGGUGCCAGGUCCUUCUAGGGCUAACCCAUUUUUUUAUAAACAUAGCAGUUUCAGAGAGUUAAGCCUUCCCCCAUUUCCUCUAGCGGCUGUCUCAUUGACAGCCACUAGAGGCGCUUGCGUGCUUCUCACUGUGAUUUUCACAGUGAGAGCACGCCAGUGUCCAUAGGAAAGCAUUAUGAAUGCUUUCCUAUGUGACCGGCUGAAUGCGCACGCAGCUCUUGCCGCGCGUGCGCAUUCAGCCGACGGGGAGGAACAGAGGAGGAGAGAAGGAGGAGAGCUCUCCGCCCAGCGCUGGAAAAAGGUAAGUGUUUACCCCUUUCCCCUUUCCAGAGCGAGUAUGUUUUCCUGGCACUAUAGUGGUCCUUUAAUAACAUUUAAAUGCUGGGGACAACUUGCACAAGAUUUGGUCACUUACUUGCACUUGAGUGCUAACGGGGAACUCUAAGCCGAAUCUUAUUGUAUUGUUUAUAGUACAAAUCAUCUUUUUUUCCUCCCUCAUUUUUUGUCAAACCAUUUCUGAGUGGAGGAGGAGAUGCAAAAAAUAAAACACAUAUUAGCUCACUCUGUGUCAUUGUCAUGGAUUACUCGAUGAGAGUCAAGAUGAAUUGUGAGUUUUCUGAUCGAUGUGCCUUCUGUGUGAAUUCCUUCCUAGAAACACAAGCAAUACCUAUUGUUUGGGUGGAAAAUAAAAUUGAAUCUACCCUUAAAUUCAUGAUCAUAACUGGGAAUAAUCAUAGGACUUGGCUUUAAACAUCGAUGACCGUAUUAAGGGAGGGCAUACACUCACCCAUCCCUUUUAUGGGAUACUGAAAAAAGUAAUCUGGGAUUAUAUGUCUUCUUACCUGUCACUUUGAUUUAGAAAGGGAGGUUCCAACAAAGUCAGUCAUUAUAACAGACAUGUGCUGCACUGUUUUUCAGUCAAGCUGAGUUGCGAUACAUAGUAAUUAUGCUAUUAUUUGGGGUGUUGUUAAUUGUUACCUAUUAAUCUUGCAGUCAACACGUGCUCAGGUCUAAGUGAAUGUCAAUACAGCCUACUGUCAGACAAAGCCUCAUCUAUCCUCUUUGUACUUUUAUCAAUCUUAUCUUUGUAAUCUUUCUGAGCAAGACUUUACUCAGAUGCAGGAAUUUGAAACUUGAAGGAUUACACAAUUUUGCAUAGAGGACCCAAAUGUUUCAUCCUCUUUCUUGACUGUGAAAUUUAGGCUGGAAUAUUUGAGUUGGAAAAAAUCUUUAAUUCAGUCAAAUAGUGAUUUUCUUUUGGAACAUUUUAAUUUUGGUUAUUUUCCAAGUUGGUUCUAUAACUAGUUCUUUAUUGAAUAGUCUUCUAAGAUAUUUUAUUUCACAGUGGAAUUAAUACUUUUUAGCUUACUCAUUUAACUGAAAUGGAAAUGGCAAUCACAAGUUUACGCCUAAAAAGCAAAGGCAUUUUUUUUUCAUUUUAGAAUGUCUCCAGUUUGACUUAAAUGUUAAUAUUUCCUUGCCAGUUCUCUACAAUUCUCAGUUUACUGAAUAAUUAAACACAAUUUGAUACUUAUCCGAGUGUCAAUGUGAUAGAUUGACUUUACUUCCUGCAGUGUACUAUGGGUGAAAUAGCCCCAUCAUCAUUUUUGUAUUCAUUUUCUAACAUGUCACAUGAUUGACAGAUGCACAAGAAGUACGGAGAUGUGUACACUCUGUAUCUCGGGCCCCGAAGAGUGGUGGUGCUAUGUGGGUACGAUGCUGUCAAGGAAGCCCUGGUGGACAAUGGAGAAGAAUUUGGGUUCAGAGGCCAGUUGCCAGUCAUAGAUUUAUAUACUCGGAGGCAAGGUAAGUAAAUCCUCCAUUUAUAUAAUGCACAUAAGUCUCACUAGUUUUUAUACACUUCCAACACUCACAAGCCACAUAUUUCAAUAAUGAUUUCAGCAUGAAUGCAGGACUUUCCAGGAAUUAUUUUCUUCUUCAUUCUAUAUUCCUACCUUUUCACAGGUUCACUUCCCCAUUUCUUCCUGUGGUCUGUCUUCUUGGGUCCAGGAUCUUUUCAUGCUAAUGAACCAUCUUCUCCCUGGGUAUUGGAUUUCUAUAUCUUCUCAAGUCAAAGCCAGUUCUUCUUGACUCCAUAUCCACAUUUCCAAUGCACACCCUUCCAACUCAUAUCUUGAACAAGGGUAUUAAAUAUAUUCUAAAAAACAAAAGCAAAAAUAUAAUAAAAUAGUGUAACAUCAUGUAUUGCAUAUGUAUAAACAGAAAAAUGUCCUUCCAUAAAUCUGUGAGAGCCUUUUCUCUAGUAACCCACAACAAUCGGAUGCACUUUGAUACACAUUGUCUUGUUACCAGCUGCACUCCAGUAGUGCAGGCUGUGAUAGUGCAAUGUUUAAGGCAAACAGUCUAAUAUAUCAUGGACAGGAAUUCAAAUCAGAAUGUGACAUCACAGGCAAAGCAGAGAAAACAUUGAGCAAACAGAAAAACAUGAACUUCUAAAAUCAGCAUCCCGCAGAAUGAGGAUUCCAAUCAAACAGGAACUGAAAUACAUUGAGGUUGGUCUCCCCGGCAGAUAUUCCACCCUCAACAAUAUUUUGUGGGGAAGGCAAAUAUCAAAAUCUCCUUUAUGAGAUCCAACUGAACAUGGGAACGAGCACCCUCAAGGUGAUUGAUAUAACACACUGCAGAUACAUUAUCCAUGCAGAGCAGAAUGCAACAGUUGUACCUCCCCUUAACCAAACUGCGGAUGGUGAAUUAACCCGCAAGUUGUAUGAAGCACUUGAUUUGCAUAGAGAGCUCUUGAGCCAUCCACACUCCUAGUGUGGACAGACCGCCAUCAGUUAUUCCCCAGCUCCAAAGGUUGGCACCCGACUCCAGUACGAAGUCUGGGUGAUUGUCAAAAAUGACCCGGCUGCUCCAGGCUUCGAAUGCUCCAGUCACCACUACAGUUAAAUCCAUACCUCAUUCAUCACCAGGACCGGUUAGUCAUAAGUGGGAUUCUUUGGAAGGAACUUGGCCUUCAGUCACUGCAUAGCCCAGUAGUGCAGUGGACCCAUGACGAUCAUCUGAAAUGAGAAAGAUAUCAGUCCCAUGAUCCGUGCGAGCAUGCAGAGCAUGAUGGAGUCAUGAUGGAGAAACCUGCAAAUAGACAAGACCUUCGAGGUAUGUAGUCUCAGAGGACACAACGUUGAAAUUGUCUUGAAACCCAGGAACAGAACUGUCUGUGAGGGAACCAGCACAGAUUUGGACCGAUUAACUACAAACCAUAGAGAUUCAAGUAAAUUUACAGUAUAAUGGGUAUGGUCCCUCAGUCUUGACCUCCAGACAAAUUAUGCAGCUGACCCCUUGGGCUUGAAGAUGGGCAACCACCAGCUUCAGGUUCUUUGUGAAGCACCAAAGGGCCAAACCGAUUGUGAAGGAAUAGAGGGCUGUUGGCAUGAACAGGGACAGAGAGGUAUGCAUCCUUUGUGUCCAGGAGUGUAAACCAGUCACCUUUCAGAGCAGAUCCUGCAAUAAGUGUAUACCCUCCAUCUUGAAGUGAAUGUAAAUUAUGCGAUUGUUAAGGUCCCACAGAUUUAUCACUGGUCGAAAAUCUCACAUUUUCUUCUGGACCAAGAAAAUAUUGCUAAAGAAGCCUCUGACGCCAGUUGCAUGGCACCCUUUAGCUGCAAUUCCUGAAUCUCCUGAUCGAUAAGGCAGGUGUCAGCUUACUUGAAAACUGAUAGGUUUGGGCUGCCAUUGGACAAGGACCUCCUCAAAUUUGAUCACGUAUCCCAGCACAGUCUGUAAUACCCACAUAUCCGAGGAUAGGUCUUCCUAAUUCUUGAAAACUAGUAAGACGGCCAGCGGUCGGAACAGUAGAGGUUACAGGAACAAAGGGGUCAAUUACCAGAGGAGAAUGUUGCGUGAGCAUGCCCACAUGUGCCACAACCUCUGUCUAUUCCACUGGAAAGGGAAAAAUAAGGCCAAGUGUGCAGGUAGAGCCUGUCAGAGAGAAAUGUAAAACAGGGGACACAAACAGAUCAGACAAAACAGCAGUCACAAUCCAGCAAACCUACACGAUAAUACAAUAUAGGGAGACAGUGAAGAGAGUAGAAACUCUGAGCUGUCAGUGUGAUGGAGCAGCAAAAAAAGGGGAAGAGCUUGGGUUCACUGUGCCUCAUAUAUACAUUACUUGUUUCUGAUUGGUUCUUGUUUUUUUCUAUAUGUGUCUUUGCUACUUUGGAGUUAAGUAAAGAAAGACAUGCAAAAUAUGAAGCCUCAUGUCAUGUUGUCAAAUUGCUCCAUCUGUAGUAUUUUUAUUAACGGUUGGAAACAUAUAUAUCUAAAUCUUAGAGGAAAUAAGUAAAAUGAAUACAAAAUAUCUCACGAAUAGAUAUGUAUAGGCAACAGAAAACUGCAGAAGAUUACUCCUGGAGGUAUUUUCACUGUUAGCCCAUCCUGGUGCAUACAUUUUCUCCUUUUACUUCUCUAAUGUUUUCCUCGCAUGAACUGUGAUUUUAUAUUUUUAUUAAUAAUUUUAAGGAACUUAGCGGAAAAAAAAGGGUAAGUUGAACACUUCAUAAAUCCGAGCAAUAAUAAACCAUCAAACCGAACCCUUCAUAAAUACGAGCAACCCAUAAGUGAAUAAAACAUAACUUUUAAUAGACUCAAUAUAAAAACAUUACAGCAAAAUAUACAAAAAAAUCGUUAUAUAAUUGAAGAAAACAAAAAAAGGGGUAGUAAGAAAAGAAAAGGAUAUACCAUCUAGUUACAGAGUCUACAUCUUUUCCAAUAGAAACAGAUUUACGUUGUAGGCUGUAGUGUAGAAUAUAUCCUAUUAUAAAUAAAGAAACAAUAGUAACCGCUAUUAGAGCUAAAUGGAGCAGAGGAAUAACAUAGUGAAAUAGAUAACAGCCUAACAAGUAUCAGAGAUACUACGGUAAAAGUAGUGGAAAGAAAAAUAGAGAGGGGGGAACUAUAAAUUGCUCCUAAUAUGCCUUUGUUGGCAUCCCUUGAACAAUCUGAACCCCCCUUCCCUUCUAAAUAGAGGAGAAUAUCUGUAGAUCAGUUACCCACACACCCCUUUAACUGCUACCUAAUUAAUAAAUAGAAAAAAAUGGAAAGAGGAGAUAAAACCAAUAGAGUCACUGUUAGAUAAUCGCUACGUGGUAGCUGUCUAAUAAAUCAUAUGUUGCUGCAGCAUUGUCCCUUAUCUCAAAGCCGAACACAAGCACAACUGUCCCGACGCGCGUUUCGUCAAUCAAAGAUAAUUUAAAAAAAUUAAAAGAUAAUAAAAUAAUAAUUUUAGUUUCUAAAAGUGCAGCUUUCUAACCAUGUCAUGUUUCACAUCAGUAAUUUUGUAUGUCUUCUCUGACUUUGCUGACACAUUUUGUCUCUGCCUCUAUGUUACUCUCUGCACAACAAAAAUAAAUUAUUACUAUUAUCCUAAUACUAUUAUGGUAUCAAAAUAAAACAAUGGCAAUAGAGCAGAAAACCGUAAGAUUUUUAAUUACGUUGCACAAUAAAUCUCUUUGUUUAAUAUAAAUUGACAUAACAGAAAACCCAUAGUGAAAAUAUAAACAUAAGAUAAGAGAGGAGUUUCUUGGGAAGAUUGAUUAUCCUAGGGAUACCAAACACUUCAAUUACGAGAGAAUGCAAGGAAUCCUUGCAAUGUACCGUGUUCAGAGUCCGCACUCCCAACUACCCUCGUCCUUCUUUCUCUACGCUCUCAGGCAGACUUCAAUUUCCAGACAAGAAUCAUGCCACGCUGAUGAGACCCACAAGAUUGUAUCUGUACAGUCCAUGGCUGGUUUCUGGUUACGGAUCCUUUUGGAUCAUAACCCAAACUGUGCUUUUAAUCUGUUUAAUGUUAAUUUCUAAGUGUACCUGCUUAAAUGCAGGGAGAAGUCUGAAAUACAAUGCCUGUCUGUACUCGUUUGCAUUUCAAGCUGGGAACUCUGGGAUAGUUGUGAAAAUAGGAUUUCCUUUAAGGGACUUUCCAAAGUCCAACUUGAGAACUUGAGAUAUGCAGGUUAUGCUCAACAGUAAAUUAUUGUGUUUGGUGUUACAACAACCUUUUUGACACUCACACACACAUAUAAGAAAAUAAGACAAAAAAAUCCUACUACUUAUACUCAACAAUGACCCUAUUGGUCUUGCUCUGGUGUAGCCCAUCAUGUGUUGAUUAUAUCUCACUUUCUUCAGAUUAAGAAGGGGGUGAUAAAACAUGUCCCAUUCUGAGACUUUUAGAAUAAAAAGCCCAACAUAGACUUUAAUAAGAAGGUCAAGGUCUGGGUCUGUUCUCUACGUACAUACUGAAUGCUUAUUAUGUCUCGCAGGUGUUAUUUUCAGUAAUGGGGACCAAUGGAAAGAGCUCCGACGCUUUACCGUCAUGACUUUGAGAAGUUUUGGAAUGGGAAAACGAUCCAUUGAAGAGAGAAUUAAAGAAGAAGCGCUAUGUCUGGUAGAAGAAUUUAAAAGAAAGAAUGGUAAAUACUAAUUUUAAAGCAAUAGUAAAGGUAACUUGUGGGGUAUGCGGGCUCCCUCUGUCCUAUUAUAUGGGGAUUUUUUGAGGAUCUUUUGAAAACCAGAAUCAGAGCACAAAUUAUGAAUAAGUGACUUUGCAACUCCCAACAUGAAGAGCUGCCGAUAUAACACAAGGGAAGAGGGGUUAAAUUAUAAUGUAAUAGAUGUCAGGAGGUUAAAACAUGCUCUCUUGAAGCUGUGAUGUCAACCAGUGCCUCUACAAGCUAUGAAAUGUUGUGCAUGACUUGCCUCUAAGUCUAGCUUCGAUGUAGUCUACCAUAUGCCUCCAUCCCCUCAUAGAUAGUGGAUUCCUUUGAGAUGCUAAUGGCCAUUCAGAAAAACCAUUGUCUGUCAGAGUCAUAUCCAAAAUAAACAUUGAUAAUAACCCACAGAUAAAUAAUUAUGCCUCCUUUUGUGCAUAUUUAGAGCACAACCUAUAGAAAGAAUAUAAAUAUGACUAGCGCAGCUGAAACCAGUUGGGAUGAACUGUAAAGUCUAUUGUAUUAGGUCACAAGUCUAUCCUUUGUUCGUACUCCCACCUCUGAUGUUGCCUUCAAGACUUCUCUAGGUCUGCACGGUUCCUGUGAAACUCAUUUCCCUUUUCGGUUAGACGCUCACCCAGUCUCCACUCCUUCAAAAAUUCAUUGAAAACUCACUUUUUUACAAAAAGGUAUCAAUCAAACGGUUAAUGGCACCAAAUAAAAACCACACUAAGUCUUCAUUAAAUACUAAUCUAUGAAUCUACUUCCCUAAUACUUCCCUUACCUUUUGUAUUACUUUACCCCACUCCCUUUAGCAUGUAAGCUCAUACAGCAGGGCCCUCAAUCCCUCUGUUCCUGUGUGUCCAACUCGUCUAGCUACAAUUACAUGUUUGUUAGUUCACCCAUUGUACAGCGCUACGGAAUUUGUUGGUGCUAUAUGAAUAUAAUAAUAAUAAGUAGGAAGUGUUACAUAUGUAUGAAAUUGCAGCACUUGUAGUAGGGUUCUUUUGUGACAUGAUCCAGCUCAGUCCUGGCACAUGCAAGGCACAUUGCAUUGGAGGGGGAGAGACAGAAACAUUGUGUCUGUUUAUCCUUCUCUCUCUAUGAUCUCAGCGGCGAUGCCUGUCAUGUGCACAGUGCAGAGUUUAUCGCAAUGACUGACACGGAGCGAAGAUGGAGAUACCCAGUUCCAGGAUAGAGCUAAAUACAAGGAUGUGGAUUUCUGCAUGUCAGAGAUUCUCAAUGAAGAUUUUUGGGAGAGCAUGCAAAGGCUGCAGGCUUUUGUUGUUUCUGGAUAUACCCUCAAUGACAAAAUGCAGCAAUAUAUGCAUGCAUGUUUUCACUGGGGAUAUAUCAACUAAAUUGUUAAAAACAUCUGUGUAGAACUCCUUAGGAUGACAAAGACACCAAUAUAAGACAAAAGAAGACAUAUAUGUGGCAAACCUAGCCACUUGGGACUGCCUAAGAUAGAAUGGUUGUGCCUAUUUUCUGUUGUGUACUGCGCGCCGGUAUAGUGUGGCGUCUCCGGCUAUGUUUAAUUUAUGCUGUACUGUGUAUGUCUGUUCGAAUCCUCCCCAUUCGUUAGCAUUGCUAUUAAAACUGACUAAGUUGUAUAUUUUGAAGUAGAAAGGUAACGGUUUAUGUCCUCGUAGUUUUCAUUACUGUAUGUUACAGCAGGGGCUGUUGGGAGGAGGACCUGGAAACGGUAGUCUCCCUCCAGUCCCCUCAACCAAAACCCCUGCUGCCCAUCUUUGGAAACCCCUGUUGAGUGACCUGCUUUAAAUAUCAGUUAUUUUUAAUAAAGUGACAGUUGAGUGACCUGCUUUAAAUAUCAGUCUUUUUGAAUAAAGUGGCAGUUGACUCUCAGACUGUGUUUCGUCUGGUUCUUGGGAGGAUUUGGGAAUAUUGCCUGCUUCCAGCUUUGUACUUGGUUAUUGCAUUCAACAAGCAGAGAUCCUGGGAUUAUAAAAUUGCAGCUCUGCAACAAUAUAUAACUCAGUUUCUUUGUAUGAUGAUCACGUAGGUGGACACUUGGUGAUGGAUCUUGAAGAUCAUAGUGGACAAUGCACUUGUUAAAUAAACCAUUGAAGUUGAGAUGGCCAGUCCUGACAAUAUUCUCUAAUCACCCUGAAUAAUAGUAAUUAUCUCUCCCCUUUGCUUUCUUUCAGGAGAACAUAUUGACCCUACAUAUUACUUCAGCCAGGUGGCAUCUAAUAUCAUAUGUUCCAUCAUAUUUGGGAACAGAUUCAGCUACACUGACCCUGAUUUCCGAAGAUUCAUGCGUAUCAUAGAUGAAAUAUUUAUAGGAAUGUCUUCACCCUCGGGACAGGUAAAGGGCACUGUGUAUACCAGAUAUAGAGUGGAACAUGCCUCUGGACAGAUUGAACUAGAGGUGAAAGAUUAGAGACAUUUCAUAAUACUGUCUAUGUCUGCAGUGUUAAAAUCAGGAGAGGGGAGAGGUAUUUAAUAUUUAAAAAAAAUACAAACCAUAAAAAGUGCAAACAAAUGGGGUUAAUCAUAAUGUGGAUUGUGGUAAAUUGAGAAGGUAAUAGCAAAUUUUAGGUCAAAAUAAAAUGUGUGAUUCUCUUUUUUAAAAGUAGCACAAAUCCUGCUUUUGUGAAUAACCCAGAACUGCAGUUGUGGUCAAAAGUGUGCAUACCCUGGCAGAAAUUGUGAAAUUGUGGCAUUGAUUUUGAAAAUAUGACUGAUCAUGCAAAAAAAAGAAAUAAAAAAAUAUUUUAUUGAAGGAUAGUGAUCAUAUAAAGCCAUUUACUAUCACAUAUUUGUUUGGUUCCUUUUUAAAUCAUAAUGAUAACAGAAAUCACCUAAAUGGCCCUGAUCAAAGGUUUACAUACCCUUGAAUGUUUGGCAUUGUUACAGACACACAAGGUGACACACCCAGGAUAAAAUGGCAAUUAAAGGUUAAUUUUCCACACCUUUGGCCCAGUUACAGUAUGCCCGACAACACCUUGACACGUCUCCCAGCUUCUUUCACACUGUAAAUUGGAGUGACAAGACAAAAAUAAAUCUUUAUGGUCACAACCAUAAGCACUUUGUUGGGAGAGGGGUCAACAAGGCCUAUAAUGAAAAGAAUACCAUCCCCACUGUGAAGCAUGGUGGUGGCUCACUGUUGUCUUGGGGGGGGGGAGCUCUAGAGGCACAGGGAAUCUUGUGAAAAUUGAUGGCAAGAUUAAUGCAGCAUGUUAUCAGAUAACACUGGCAGACAAUUUGCAUUCUUCUGCACGAAGGCUUCAGAUGGGACGCUCUUGGACUUCCCGGCAUGACAAUGACCCUAAGCACAAGGCCAAGUUGACCCUCCAGUGGUUACAGUGCAAAAAGGUGAAGGUUAUGGAGUGUCCAUCACAGUCUACUGACCUUAAUGUCAUCGAGCCACUCUGGGGAGAUCUCAAACGUGCGGUUCAUGCAAGACGACCAAAGACUUUGUGACCUGGAGGCAUUUUGCCAAGACGAAUGGGCAGCUAUACCACCUGCAAGAAUUAGGGGCUUCAUAGACAACUAUUGCAAAAGACUGCACACUGUCAUUGAUGCUAAAGUUGGCAAUACACAGUAUUAGGAACUAAGGGUAUGCAGACUUUUGAACAGGGCUCUUUCCAUUUUUUUCUUUGUUGACAUGUUUUGUUUUAUGAUUGUGCCAUUCUGUUAUAACCUACAGUUCAAUAUGAAUUCCAUACAAAAUAAAAUGAAUGUAUUUUGCCUGCUCACUGAUGUUUUUUUUUUUAAAACAAUGGUACAUAUGUUACCAAUUCUCCAAGGGUAUGCAAAUUUUUGAGAACAGCUUUAUAUGGUUUUAGUGUUGUGUAAAUGGGAGAUAAUGUAUGAUGGUUAAAUUUGAUCUCGUAGUAAAGUGAGUGUUUUUUAUCUUCACACAGCUUUUUGACAUGUUUAAUGUAGUGAUGAAAUACUUACCGGGACCCCACCAUUAUGCUGCCAAAUGUGCCUUCAAGUUAGACGAGUUUGUUCUGGAACGGUUAGAGAGAGAUCGUAAAACACUGGAUCCUAACCGCCCUCGGCACAUGAUGGACAGUUUCCUAAUUAAAAUGGAAGAGGUAUGGUCAAUACCCAUAAUGCCUGUGGAAAAUAUAUUAUAUUUGCCCAUAAUGCCAGAGGAAUGAACAGUAGUCAUUAUCCUGAAUACCAUAUAGAGAUUUCUUAUUGGAUUUCGGUCUAUUUGCUGUAGCUCAAAGUUUCAGAUUUAAGUCCUAUUAAAGCCAUGUCACCCCUUCAUUAUUCCUAGGACACUGAAUUGAAUGAUACUAUGGCCUCAAUUUAAUAUUUUGGAUAAGCUUUUCAAAUUAUAUAUUAUUAUUUUUUUAUAAUUUUUUUUAUAAAAUAUGAAAAUAUUAAAAAAAUAUACCAAACCAUCAUAUACACGUUUAAAAAAAAUCUAAAUAUUUAAGUAUUAAGAGAUUUAUCAAAAUAUUAAAUAAUUUUAAAAGUAUGAAGUUGAGGCCCACAUUUGGUAAUUACACCCCAGAGCUUAUUUGCAACUAACCAGAAGCUCAAAUCAAUAGUGUGGACACCAUUAUAUCACGUUAUAUAUCUGCUGGCAAAACAAGACUGCUUUCCCUCUCAGCUUUAACAUGGUAAGUGUUGCCAACAUAAAAAUAAAAAGUUGUAUCAAAAAGGAUGUAAUAUCAAGUAUUUAUUAUGGAUGAUUACAAUGGUUGUAGGAUUUAAUAUGAUUAGGUGUCUUCUCCUUGCAGGAAAAAAACAACCCUUCAACUUAUUACAACACAGAAAACUUACUCAAAAACACUUCAACCAUGUUUGUCGCCGGAACAGAGACCCUGAGCACCACCUUAAGGCACACAUUCCUGCUCUUCCUGAAAUUUCCUCAUAUUAAAAGUAAGAUUUAGGGCAAUGUGUAACUCACAAAGGUAUUAUUCACUACAAUGUGAAUCGUCAGUAAUUCAAAGUAAACUUUAGGCGACAAUAACCAACUUAAUACAGAUGAAGGAAAAUAUAAAGGAUUACAGUUUCGGUAUAUAAUGUAAUAUUUGCAUAUGCCCACAACAGUGGUUUCGCCGACAUAGGUUUGCAUGCAAAUCCACAGUGUCCUGUGUUUGCCAGAAUGCAACAUGACAUUGUACGUUUUAAUUUUCUUUAAAUUUAAAUAAACUAAAUACUGCAUGAUGCCGUUUAGAUUGUCUAUGAUAAAUCAAUGGAGGGGAGAACUAAAAAUCCCUAAUAUCAGUAUAUAUGACACUUAGUGGUAUAUUGGUAUAUUGAAAUAUUUUUCAACUUUUUGGGUGUGGAGAAGAGGAUAUUUCCACACAAGUGUUUAGAGCUGCAACCAUUUUUAUUUUGACUUUAGCACCUUUUUUGAACACACACUCCUCCCAAAAGAAGGUACCCCUAACUAGAGACCAUAACGUAGUAUGUACAGUCCAAAUGAAUUUUGUAAAACCAAAUCAGUCUAACUCACAUGUUGCUGAGCCUAUCAAUAUAGCAGGCUGAGACUUUCAACAUAUUCAACAGGUAUCACCCUCUGGAUCUUUUUUCCCCACAAGAUUAUCUCCAAUAUGAUCACCGCAGUAAUAUGGUUCCAAGCAAGUUAAGUUUAAAAAUAAAAUGAACAAGGCCACAUUGCAACAUGGAAGUCCCAGAAUGUGUGCAAUUUUUUUUAAAAGCAGUGUAAAUUACAGAAUAAAAGCAGAAAUACACAGACUGAGUUAUGCACUUUGAGAAAGACCUUUAAAUGGUUGAAACGCAUCAGUGCUGCUGUGUGUGAUUAUACAUUUUUAUAUUUUUAACCCUUAUUUGGAAUAUUGUUUCCCUAAUAAAUUUAUUUUUAAACUUCACCUGCUUGGAACCAUAUUACUGCGGUGACCGUAUUGGAGAUAAUCCUGUGGGGAAUAAAGAUCCAGAGGGUGAUACCUUUUUAAUGUGCUGAAAGUCUGAGCCUGCUAUAUUGAUAGGCUCAGCAACAUGUGAGUUAGACCGACUUGGUUUUACACAAUUCAUUUGGACUGUACAUACUACACUAUGGUCUCUGUUUAUAUUUUUAUUUCAGAUUAUAACUGAAAACAUUCAUCAAAAGUCAAACCGAAAGUGAUAGUCUAUAUUGUGUGUGGUUAUUAAGCUCUCACCUUGUAUGUUAUUGACAUACAGUGAGCGGCACUUUACCCUAAUAGCAGAGCCAAACUCAGCUAUUUUAAUCAAAUUUCAAUAUAUUUCAAUUUAGAAAUCAUAUGUUUGGCAUAGCAUGAUGUUUUUCUGUGCAUGCGCACUAGCAUUACCAAUGUUUUCCUAUGACGUCAGCCAAGGAGCCGGAGCAGCUGGCAGCGGCGAGUGAGAAAAUGUAAGUAAUCUACAUUUUCAGUUCACCUUGAGGGCUAGUAAUCUAAAACAGUGAAGGACAUUCUAACAUUAGGAAUGUAUGUUUGGAUUGCGAAGGCUAUAAUGUCCCUUUAUUUCUUAUUUUAGUGAAAUUUUUUUAGAGAAGUCUUCACAGUCACUAAGUUUAUAUGUUUAAAGAAAAUUAGAUUUUUAUUUUCCUUAAAGGGGGCCUAAUUAUUUGAUUUUCCUGUCACUUAAAAAACAGAUAAGUUCACAAAUAAGUCAAUGCAGGCAGAGAGUAAGGUAAUGUAUUCAGUACUUUUUAACCACAUUCGGAUAAGUAGAAAAUGGCUGUGGCAUGCAUCUAGAACUGGAUCAUUUUUAUUUUUGCUAUUUUCUGAAAUCUAUAAACCUCUUUUCUGUCCUUUCUGUUGAACAAAUCUGUAACAAGUAUCAGCGAUACUAAAGUAGUGAAUUUAGUGCAAACUUCACGAUUUAACGCUUCAUUGGUAACAUGGAAAACAUGGCAAUGAAAUGGAAACUAUUUCUGGGAUGUUGCCAUAGGAACAGUUAUAGAUUAAUACUGGUGGUUAAAUUGCCUGACCUUUUAUAGUCUGUUAUACAGUUCUACAGAAACUCAUAUCAGACAACUUGGAACCACACAUAACGUUUCUCUAAUUCUUCUCACAAUAGAAAAAGUUCAAGAGGAGAUUGACUCUGUCAUUGGCCGAGACCGAGCCCCGGAACCAGAGGACCGACCUUCCAUGCCGUACACGGAUGCGGUCAUACAUGAGAUCCAGCGCUAUGCCAACGUACUACCCAUGAACCUACCUCGUGCUGUGGCAAAGGACACACAAUUUCGUGGCUUCACCAUUCCCAAGGUAUUGCUAUGUGGGAACAUCCACAGAUUAAAUUAGCUAUAUUAAUCUUACAACACAUACAUUUUAAUUAAAAGGUACCUGUCUAUCCUUGUAAUUAUAAUAUUGCACAGAACACCACAGAGAGAAAAAUACAAGGAAAACGGUAACUGUUAUUCUUUCCUUAAUGAUAGUGAUAUCAACAAGAUUCCUUCCAAAUCUUCCUCAAAACAAUACGCUACAAAAUGAUACACAGAUGCAAUAAAUCCCCACCUAUCCAUCAAAACAAAUUCAAAUGGCACACUGACCGCAGUCCACUCUUUCAAAUACUUGGGUAUGAUAUUAGACCCCAAUCUAUCUUUUGGCCUGCACAUAGAAAAGCUUGCAUCUAAACUUUAUCCAAAAUUAGGUGCCCUGUACAGAAACAAAGCCUGCCUAAGCCCUACAGUAAAGGAAAAGAUUGUACAGCAAAUGCUGAUGCCAAUCAUUGAUUAUGGGGAUGUAGUAUAUGCGUCUGCAUCGCAAUCCCACAUUAAUAAACUCAACACAUUGUAUAACUCGUUCUGCCGAUUUGUGCUACAAUGUAAUUACAGGACCCAUCAUUGUGACAUGCUAAAGGAACUAAACUGGCUGUCGCUGGAAUCCAGACGCACCCUUCAUCUUUCCAGCCUUGUUUUUAAGAGCUUCUCUGGGAAACUCCCACCCUACCUGAACAAAAUGCUUUCCUUAGCUGUUCCCACUUUCUAUAAGCUCCGAUCCAGUACCACCACUUUACUUAGUCUACCUCAAUACAAAAAGAAAGCGGCCCGAUCCUCCUUCUCCUACAGAGCGCCGCAAUUGUGGAACGACCUCCCGCACAAUUUAAAAUCUUCCCUAAGCCUAAAGUCAUUUAAGAGAUCCCUCUCUACAUACCUCAAAACAGAAUGCAUGUGUCAUGGUUGAUUAUAUAUUUCCUGCCUGUUCUAUGUUAAAUUUUGUAUAUAUUGUGUAUUAAUAUUGUUUUUGUAUUUUGUUGUACCUAAUGUAACAAUGCAAUGAUUUGUGGACCCAGGACAUACUUGAAAACGAGAGAAAUCUCAAUGUAUCUUUCCUGGUAAAAUAUUUUAUAAAUAAAUUAUAAAUAAAUAAAUAAAAUAUAGAUGGAAGGGUAGAAUAUUAAAAAUAUAUUCCAUGUUGGUUGCGCUCUCCCAAAAUGAUGUGUUUCAUAGUUACAUAGUUGCAUAGGCUGAAACAAAGACUCACAUCCAUAAAGCUCAGACCUUCUAGGUGUUGAUCCAAAAGGAGGCAAAACAGUCAGUUUGAAAUUAUUUCCAGUUUUUUAAACUAGACUCUGCGUCUGAUCGCAUUGACAUGUCAGUGACAUCCCAACGCAGUGUUUAAGAGUUUUUCAUAUAUAUUUUAUCUGACAGAAGAUCUCAAUGUGACAGCACAGCUUUAAUAUCUCGGAGACGGACAAAUCACUUGGAAUUGCUGCCAAAAUCAUUCAUAAGGAGGAAAACUAGGGUUUCAUUAAUAAAUUAAACUUUAAUACAGAGGAACUCUCACUUUGGAAGUCAUUGCAUAUUCUUAUAUAAAGUUAUUUUAUUUUGUGGUGUAACAGCGGCUGGCUCCCCUAUUUACCACUAUAACGUUUUAAAGCAUAGAACUUAGUAGGGCUAACCAUACAGAUAUCUUAGCCAUAAAUUUUAUAUCGUUAGUAAGAGAUCCUCUAUUUAAAAUAUAUAAAUAAUUGCAAAUACAAUAUAAAAUAAGGAUUGUCUUGGAAGCAAUACAUUUUUGUCUUUUUAAAUAUUUUAUUAAAUAAAAAUACAAAUAUAGACAUAUAAAACCUUAAUAAUCCAUUACAAUAAUUCAUAGCAGACUUUAUAAGAUCAAGGUAUAUGCUUGCAGUAUCAGUAAAUAGAAUAACAUCCCCUCCUGAACAAGUCAACCUCUCAGUCGUGAUAAAAUGGAACAGUAUCUCUGUCUCCAAACUCUCUCCUCUGUGUCCUAAUAAGUUCAGAAAUGUAUACCCUAGAUUUUCAAUUAGGUCAUGUUAGGACCUACCUUAACUUGGCAAAGAUACAAGGCCAUAACUUGGUCAUUUCACAUGGGAACAUUUUAUCUAUGUUUAGACUAAAACAUAAGGGUGCACACGACAUGAGAAAUUCCCUGACUUGGGGAAUUACACUAACCUAGGACAAGAUGGCAUCCUAAAGUCUGAACACCAUAUUCACUGCAUAUGGGUAAGACAUCAUUUAUUAAAGAAACAUUGUAUGAAAAACAAAAUGCUCCAUUUCUAGCAACUUGUCAGUUUGCAAAAUCUCUUAAAGACAAAGUACACAGUUUCAGAAAUACAACGUUUUGCUCUAAAAAAAUGUAAUAUUUGCAUAUGCCCAUAACAGUGGUUUCGCCGACAUAGAAUUCCAUGCAAAUACACAGUGUCCUGUGUUUGCCAGAAUGCAACAUGACAUUGUACGUUUUAAUUUUCUUUAAAUUUAAAGGACCACUCUAGGCACCCAGACCACUUCAGCUUAAUGAAGUGGUCUGGGUGCCAGGUCCAGCUAGGGUUAACCCAUUUUUUCAUAAACAUAGCAGUUUCAGAGAAAUUGCUAUGUUUAUGAAUGGGUUAAGCCUUCCCCUAUUUCCUCUAGUGGCUGUCUCAUUGACAGCCGCUAGAGGCGCUUGCGUGCUUCUCACUGUGAUUUUCACAGUGAGAGCACGCCAGCGUCCAUAGGAAAGCAUUAUGAAUGCUUUCCUAUGUGACUGGCUGAAUGCGCGUGCGCAUACAGCCGACGGGGAGGAGAAGAGGAGGAUCGGAGGAGGAGAGCUCUCCGCCCAGCGGUGGGAAAAGGUAAGUUUUACCCCUUUCCAGAGCCGGGCGGGAGGGGGUCCCUGAGGGUGGGGGCACCCUCAGGGCACUAUAGUGCCAGGAAAACGAGUAUGUUUUCCUGGCACUAUAGUGGUCCUUUAAAUAAACUAAAUACUGCAUGAUGCCGUUUGGAUUGUCUAUGAGAAAUCAAUGGAGGGGAGAUCUAAAAAUCCCGAAUAUCAGUAUAUAUGACACUUAGUGGUAUAUUGGUAUAUCGAAAUACUUUUCAUCAUAUCUCUGAAGGCUUUUAACCUCUAUUUUCUUAACUCAGGGUACAGAUGUAUUUCCAAUACUGACGUUUGUCCUGCGUGAUCCAAAAUAUUUCCCUGACCCAUUCACCUUCAACCCUGAUCGCUUCUUGGAUGAAAACGGAGAGUUUAAAAAGAACGAGGCCUUCAUGGCUUUCUCUGCAGGUACGAUCAUAAAAUUGGGAGAAUCACAGACUAGGUUUAGUGGUUGUUAUAACAUUUUUUUAAAAUCCAUUCAACACAUUAUAGACAAUGAGAUAAAGUAGACAGACCUAUGAAAAAAAAGUCUAUAUCUCAAUUUCAAUUAAUAAUGGUGGGCAUUAUGUUGAAAUCUGGAACCCAUGGAUGGAACCAAACACAUUCAGAUAGCCCUGAUCUCAUAGCUUCUGAAGUCAUGAUAGUUCAGAUUCUAAGAACCUUAAGAUUAGGAGUGUAAACUGAUUUUAGUGUAAAUUGAGAAAAAAUCAUUGAACAGGAAUAUAUUGAAUGCAAUCUGAAGCUUUAAACAUAGAUGCUAUUAUAAUUAUAUUUCCCUAUGUACUAUAUGUAUAAUAUUUCUAGUAACAAAUGAUUAAACUAAUAUUUAUUAAAUCAGGUAAAGUUUAAAAUGCAUUACCGACAGGUCUGGAUGUAGCAUCAAAUGGGGUUUGGGUUUUGUUUGAGGUCCUGGUAAAAGUCACAGUCAUUUAGCUCUUCUUUCUUGACGUAAUAAUGGCUUGAACUAAUUUUGUUGUUUUUUUAUGUUGCCCAGGGAAGCGAGUCUGCCUCGGGGAGAGUCUUGCCCGUCUAGAGUUAUUUAUUUUCAUCACUACCCUUCUGCAACAUUUCGAUAUCAGUACUCCGGAGAACCCAGCGGACAUGGACAUCUCUCCUCAGAUGGUGGGCUUCUCCAAUGUCCCAAAGCCAUACAAUAUCAGCUUCAAUCCACGAGGGAUCAGUAAUGGAAACAUGUGUAGAACAAAGUAAUUAUUAAAUAUUACACCAGAAUAAUAAAUUCAUCAUAAUUAAGUUGUCAUGGUGCGAGGAGGCACUGGUGCUGGCUUAAGCAAUUAAUGAAAAAUAAAACCCCAAAUUUUUCAUUCCAGCAUUAGACAACUCUGCCUCUUAACUUCCAUUGCAGUACUUGCUUUAACUAAGAAAUCCAUGGACACUGGAUAUCCCUGAGAGGCUGAGCGCAUCAGCUAACAUUCUAUCCUAUCACAAGCUCCCAAUUCUCAAAAUGGAAUGAAAAUGGCACCUCCUCAUACCAUAUCAACUACAUUCAAAUUAAGCUGUUAUGGAGCCCAGAGUGUUACUUUACUAUGUAAUAUGUCUAAAUAAUAUGAUAUAAUACAAUAUAAUAUAAUAUAAUACAAUCUAUCUAUCUAUCUAUCUGUCUGUCUAUCUAUCUGUCUAUCUAUCUAUCUAUCUAUCUAUCUACAGAGCAUUCAUGAUGUAUGUUGUUGGGCCAAAAGUCUUAUUUUAAGGUAUAGCUUGUUAGGCUUGCAUAAUAUUACAGUAAAAUAAAAAUAUGAAACAUCUAAUACUGUGUGUUUAUAUAUUAAGUUUACCAAGACAUUGAUUCUAUGAAGCAUUUAGAGGUUCCUGAAACUGCCCAUUCCCAUUACUCUACAUAGUCUACAUAGUCUCCUGAUCCUACCUUGUCUAGUGCCAUUUCAAUUCCCAAUAUAGUGCAUGUUCUGGAGUGUUCCAUGACCAUGCUUAUUGUCAAACCCUUUCCUGCUGUAGAUACACAAUGGGAGAAGUGUAACUGAAUUUCCAGUGUGAAGUGUAUCAGUAACAAUAAUGGUUGAUUACUAGCCACCCUUAGCCUCGGAUCCUCACAGUCAUGGAAACACAGGGUUUGUGAAUUCUUAGUAGGAUUUAAUGUGCCACUCCAAAAGAAGGGACAUCAACUGCGAUCUCAGCUUUAAAAAACGAUGUAUCAUCUUUAUCAACAAUUGUGUUUAAAAUAUAAGUCUAUAUAUAGAUUAAAAGCAUGAAAACCUCAAUGGAGGCUUGAGCUGUUGUAAUUCUUGAUUAUUACUGACUAUAGCACAUGCCACGAGGCUUAAAACGAGGCACCCUGAGAUUAUACCAUGAAGGCUCACUCAGCAUUUCUUUUCAUUUAACAUUCCUCCAUUUCUGAUUUCUGGGAAUUUCUUUCAGAGAUCUCCAACACGUCAGAGACAGGGAAAUGGUUAGAGGAAGAGGAUUCUUUUUGAGUAGAUUAAACACAUAUAAUAUCUGUUUAUUUCCAGCAGCGCUGCCUGAUACUUUCACCGUAUAACUGAAUAAAAUUCACCGUAAACAAUGUAACUUCAAGUAAACUGUCUUUCCUAUAAAAAAAUUAAAAAAUAAUAUUUGCUAAUAGAAGGGAAUGAAAUCUAUUGGAAGAUCCAAAACCCUUCAGUGGCUCAAAUGUUCAAAAAUAGAGGAAAUCAGGAAGGAAUUAAACAUCUUUUUAUACAGAAAGUAACACAGAAAGUAAAACAUCAGAGGGGAGACUUUUAACAAAGUGUCACCAAAAUUUAGGUCUAAUUUUCAGCAAAACUGUUUUUGUGAUUAAAAGAUUGUUUCAUCUGCGUUCUUUACACCUCAGCUGUCAUUUUUUAAUACACACAAUGAGUUUACGAAUUUUUCCCACCAGCAUAAAUUUGGCAGCUCUUUGAAAUUUCUGCAAAAACUUACUAUAUAGAAAACUGCAACUUUUUAGAUCACUUUAAUAAAUACAAUGCAAAUAAUGAUGGAAUGUAACUUUGAUAAAUCCCCCAAUAUGUCUAUAUUAUAUGACAUAUGGUAGUUGCAUAGAAGAAGGUGGAUUUUGUGCAGGACCUUUCCAUUAUGGAUGUUGGGUCCAACCGCAACAUCGGGCAGAAGAACAUUUUUGAAAAGACGCUCCGCACCAGAGAACCAUCGUAUUAUGCUGUAGUAUAUUGCUGACUGACUUCACACAUAAAGAAUGCUAUUGACAGGGAUAUUUUCUAACGUGAAAAACUAAAAAAGAAUUCUAAGUGACUUUCAAAUUCAACAAAUUAAUGAUCUGUAAAUAUUUACCCUGUCAGCUAUGCUUCCAGUAUACCUACGAUGUAAAAUUCACAUUGAAUUCACCUGUUCUAAAAAAGAAGGAUAUUUUUUAUUGACAUUAUUUUUAUUAAGUUAUUAAUUAACGUUAUUAAGAAAGGGGAACAACUGUAAAUCUCCUUAGUUUAGCCUCAAAGUGGAUAAGAUAACAUUAUACAAACCAUUGUGUAGAAAUCUAUUUACAAGCAGAUCUAAACACAGGACACAAGUUUAGACUGGAAGAAAUGAGAUUUAGUCUAAGACAGUAAGAGGGGGUGGUUUUAUCACAAUCUGUACAGAUGUUUAAACAGUAAUUGGAAGAAUACUUGCAAAAACAGAAUACUAAAGGAUAUCAUUUUUAAUUUGUGGGAUAAUAGCGUUUUAAUCAAAAGAGAUAUCCGAUUGUCAUUCUGGGGUCAAGAAAUAAGUGUUUCCUAGUUUGUUGCAAAAUUGGAAGUUCUUCAGACUGUGUUUUUUGCCUUCUUUUGAAUCAACAGCAAAAACAGAUUUGAGAAAAGCAGAACUUGAUGGAUGCAUUUGAUGUCCCUUUUCCGCUAUGUAACUACGUCAAGGAGCAUAUCUUAACUCUCCCUUUUCACUUUGGUGUGUUGACUUUCCUUUUUGAUCAUUUUAUUUUGGCUGCGCAAUGCUCCAAGCUCACAUACACCCAGAUCUUCAUGGUACACUCACGAGGUCUGUUUGCCAAUUCUUUAGUGAUUUUUUCUCCAAUAGUGCCACCUAGUGGAUAAGAUGUGUGCAUCUGCUAACAUACAACAAUGCAUUAAUCAUCCAAAUAUUUUUAUGUGUUUACACUAAAAUUUUGCUCCUUGGUGGUUUUAUUAUAAUAUAAUUCAUCAUAAUAACAAGGCUACCAAUUAGCUACCAGGGGUCACUUUAUUUCUCUUUGAUUUGCAAUUUAAAUGAGAAGUUAGUAUUGAGAAUUGAGGGAAUGGUAUUUACGGUACAGCAGCGAUAAGGGUCCUUUACAAUAAAGACAUGGGAUUCAUUAUCGGUAGUUAUUUUGCCCAAUUCAUGUGAUGUUUUAAACGUUUUUAUUUUAUUUUUUUGAAGAGAAGGAUAUUCAGGCUAAUGAUGUGGAUUCUGUCCCUGGUCCCACAGCUGAUUCCUAGUCUCCCCGCUAACAAAAAAUAAGCCUCUCCUUAAUGCACUGUAACAUCUGCAGCUUGUUCCCUAAACUCGAUGCACUGCGAGCUUGGUGUUCCCAUUACAAGCCCAAUAUCAGAAUAAUGGUAUUAAAAAAAUACCAGACUCCGCCAUUGCAAUACAGGGGUAUUCAUGUUUUAGAAAUGACGGAGCAGAGAGAGGAGGUGGCAUUAUUAUUUAUGUUGACAAGUCCCUAAAGUUCAUCUAAAUUAUAGUUUCCCUUCCACCUAUGUUUUUUUUCCUGGCACAAUCGAGAUCCCUUUCAGUAAAAUGAUCAUUGUUGCUGGAAUCUAGCGCCCACCUAGCUCUCCAAUGCAUUCCCUUUCUGACAUAGCCCAUCUCUUUAGUGAAACUGUAGCUCAAAACCAAAAACGUGAACUGCUGUUUUUGGAGAUGUUAAUGUUGAUUAGAUCAAUCCUUAAAAUAAUAACUAAUCAGAGGCGUAACUGGAAACCACGGGGCCCCGGUGUGAAAAUUACCCUUGGGCCCCCCCAUACAUCUACCCCCACCUCAUACAUCCCUGCCCCCCCACACAUGCAGACAAACAGAUACACACACAGACACAAACAUGUAGACACACACAUACAUGCACACAUACAUACAGACACAAACACACACAUACAUACAUACACACAUACAAACACACACACAUACACACAGAGACCCAUUUACAGACAUACAUAGAGACACAAAAACAUGUAGACACACACACAUACAUACAUACAGACACACACAUACAAACACAUACAUACAGACAUACAAACACACACACAUGCAGAAACACAUCCAUACAGACACACACAUACACACAGAGAACAUACAGAGACACAUACACAUUCUUACAGACACACACACACAGACACAUACAGACACAUACACACACACAGACACAUACAGACAAACAAACUCAUACAAUAACACACAUAUGCAAAAUGUUUAAGUCACCCUCCUGUUUCCUACCUUUCAGGUGCAAGACGGUGACUUUCCCUUGGGUCCAGUGGUGGCCUAGGGCAGCACAAAACCAGGAUACACCACUGGCGCAGGCCGAUGGGAGUCAGAGGCCCCACUCUGACCAGUGUUCCAGUUUAGAGAUUCAUUGUGGUCAAGGUUCAAGCAUACCGGCUCCAUGAAUGAUCACUGUGCCUACAGACAAUGGCAAAACAAACAAAAAUGGCAAAGGCACAACAUUUCAGUAAAAAACUGAACAAUAAAACCCAAGAAACCACAAAAUCCCCUCCAAACCCUCCACUGUCAAAAUGGACAACCAAACCCUGCAACACCCCAUAGAUGUAGCAAAUGCCUUUAAUAAUUAUUUUGUUGGAUUUGCCACCACUCUACACCCUGUUCCAAAUUAUUAUGCAAAUUCUAUUUAAGUGUCACAAAGAUUAAAUAUUUUGUUUUUCAGUUUAACUCAUGGAUGGCAUUGUGCCUCAGGGCUCUUUUGAUCACUGAAAACAAUCUCGGACACCUGUGAUAAUUAGAUUGCCAGGUGAGCCCAAUUUAAGGAAAAUCUACUAAAGGAGGGUGUUCCACAUUAUUAAGCAGAGCACCAUUUUCAUGUAAUAUGGGGAAGAAAAAGGAUCUCUCUGCUGCCGAAAAGAGUGAAAUAGUUCAAUACCUUGGACGAGGUAUGAAAACAUUAGAUAUUUCACAAAAAACCUAAGCGUGAUCAUUGCACUAUUAAGAGAUUUGUGGCUGAUUCAGAACACAGACGGGUUCGAGCAGAUAAAGGCACAUUGAGGAAGAUUUCUGCCAGAUCCAUGCAUCGGAUCAAGAGAGCAGCUGCUACAAUACCAUUACAUAGCAGCAAACAGAUAUUUGAAGCUGUUGGUGCCUCUGGAGUCCCACGGACAUCAAGGUGUAGAGUCCUCCAGAGUCUUGCAACUGUGCAUAAACCUUCUAUUUGGCCACCACUAACCAAUGCUCACAAGCAGAAACGGCUGCAUUGGGCAGAAAAAUACAUGAAAAAUACAUGAAGACUAAUUUUCAAACAGUCCUGUUCACUGAUGAGUGCCAUGCAACCCUGGAUGGUCCAGAUGGAUGGAGUAGUGGAUGGUUGGUGGACGGCCACUCUGUUCCAACAAGGCUGCGACGUCAGCAAGGCAGAGGUGGAGUCAUGUUUUGGACCGGAAUCAUGGGAAAAGAGCUGGUCGGCCCCUUUAGGGUCCCCGAAGGUGUAAAGAUGACCUCUGCAAAGUAUGUGGAGUUUCUGACUCACCACUUUCUUCCCUGGUAUAGAAGGAAGAACUAUGCUUUCCGUAAUAAAAUCAUCUUCAUGCAUGACAAUGCACCAUCUCAUGCUGCAAAGAAUACCUCUGCAUCAAUGGCUGCUAUGGGGAUAAAAGGAGAGAAAGUCAUGGUGUGGCCUCCAUCCUCCCCUGACCUCAAUCCUAUUGAGAACCUUUGGAUCAUCCUCAAGCAACAGAUCUAUGAGGGUGGGAGACUAUUCUGACAUCUUGCAAACAAAUUCAAGCAGAAACUGUCCAAAAACUCACAAGUUCAAUGAAUGCAAGACUUGUGAAGCUGCUAUCAAAUAAGGGGUCCUAUGUUAAAAUGUAACGUGACCUGUUAAAUGUUUAAAAAGUUAAAAUGUUGUUAUAAGUUUGAUUGAAAUAGCUUUUGAUUUCAGUAAAUAUGCUGCAAACACAACAAAUGACAAUUUUCAGUUCUUUACAACCUAUAAAGUGUUUUGAAACUUACUGUGUGUAAUAAUUUGGAACAGUGCAUUGUAAGUUUUUUAUGUUUAAAAAAAAAAUACUGUUAUCAUUAGGAGGUUUGUUCAAUAAAAUUUGAAUUGUACUCUUAAUAGUUGGUAACAUGAGAAUUAUGCUGACUGUUAUUUACAUCAAUUAUUUAGGUAAAUGAGAAAAAUAUCAUUUGCAUAAUAAUUUGGAACAGGGUGUAAUUGCUAAACUAACGAAUGACACAUGUUCUAGAAUUGCAGAUCAGAAACUACUAAAUUUGUAAAGACCUCAUAUAAAAAUUUUAGGCAUGUGCCUGUUGUGUCAUUAAUAAACAUGUUAUUAAUCUAAAAAUGAAAACCAGUGUGGACCAGAUCAAAUCCCAGCAAUGUUGCUGAAGCUCAGUGCGCCGGCAAUUGCUAAAACUGUCACUACCCUAAUCAAUGAAUCCUUGGUGUCUGGAUACAUACCCAAACUUUGGAAGACUGAAAAAGUAGUACCUAUCCAUAAAAGUUGAGACAAUACUUUGGUGUCUAAUUACUGACCGAUAUCAUUGCUCCCAGUAUUGGCAAAAAUCUUGGAAAAACUAUGUGAAUAUUAUCAACAAUCAAACUAUCUGACCCCUGAUCAAUCAGGCUUUCAUUAAAAUUACUCAACUACAACUGCCCUCUUAAAAGUUUAUAGUGACAUCCAAACUAGCAUGGAACCAGUAGACCUGACUGGAACUUUUACCUUGAUUUUGCCAAGGCCUUUGAUACAGUAGACCCUGGCAUUCUAUUGUAAAAACACUAACCUGGUUUCGACCAUAUGUAUCAGACCGGUUGCAAUAUGUGACCAUUUCUGAUAGCGCCUCCCUCUUCAGGUCACGUGUGGUGUUUCCCAAGGUUCCAUACUCAGCCUCCUGCUAUUCACAUUAUUCAUAAAUGAUCUUCCUAAUGUCUGCAAAGCCUCAACUGUCACAUGUAUGCAUACGACACAGUAAACUCCACUGGCAAACCAAAUUAACUGCAGAUUGAGGCUGUGCUUCAAGACCAAUUCACAGAGGUAGAAAAUAACAAACUUUUCCUAAACACUGACAAAACUGUCACAAUAAUCUUUGUAACAGUACCUAAAUUACAUAAAUUACAAAACUCCCAACUAUGCAUCAAAACAAAAUCACAUAGCAGCAUUUAAGUAGCCAAGAAAGUACUUAUACCCAUUAAUGCACAUCAUGCAUAUAAAGACUGGAUGCAAAGGGUAUAUACAGAAUAAUGUGGUAAUCAUACAGAAAUACCAGCACUCCUAUGUACAAUAUAAAUAAAAUGUUAUCACAUAAUUGAAAUGGGUCUGCACAUGUCGGGGGACUUCAUAACAUAUUUGAUAUAAAAUUAAAAUAGAACACUGACCGCAGUUUCUUCUUUCAUAUAUCUAGGUAUGGACCCCCAUCUAUCCUUUGGCCUUCACAUUCAAAAAUGCUCAUCGAAACUUUAUCCAAAACUAAAUGCCCUUUACAGAAACAAAUCCUGCUUAAGCCCCGCAGUUAGGAAUCAUAUUGUACAACAAAUGCUAAUGCCGGUCAUUGAUGAUUAUGGGGAUGUAGUGUAGUUAUGGGGAUGCACCUGCACCGCAAACACACCUUCAUAAACAUAAUACGUUAUAUAACUAAUCUGCUGCUUUGAACUACAAUGUAAUUACAGGACCCACCAUUGAAACAUGUUAAAGGAGCUAAACUGGCUGUCGCUGGAAUCCAGACGCACCCUUCAUCUUCCCAGCCUUAUAUUUAACAGCUUUUCUGGGAAGCUUCCACCCUACCUCAGUAGAAUGCUCUCCCCAGCUGUUCCCACCUCUGUAACCAGUACCAGCACUUUAUUUAAUAUACCAUGAUACAAAAAUAAAGUGUCUUAAUGCACCGCAAUUAUGGAAUAACCUCAGGGACACGGUCAAAUCUUCACUCAAUCUAAAAUCUUUUAAGAGAUCUAUGGCAACAUAACUCAAUACAGUAAAAACCAAAGAAAAAGUUACCUGCACUCUCUCCUAAAUCCCUAUGUAUAUUUAAACAAAUGGAGGUCAUUUAGUUACUCCAAUGGCCAUUGGAGCAAAUGCCCGCCUGCCAAUGUCAAGGCAGACCCCUCUAAACCUCAAUACAGAAUGCACCUGUCAUGGUUGAAUAUUUUAAUAAUCUGUUAUGUGUAAAAUUUAUAAAUGUUUGUAUGUAUAUAGAUAAGGAUAUUGGUUUUAUGUGUAAUAUUAUAUUGUAACCUAAUGUAACAAUGCAAUGCUACCUUACCUUUUGUGUCACUUUACCCCACUCCCUCUAACAUGUAAACUCACUGAGCAGGCCCUCAAUCCCUCUGUUACUGUCACUAUACCCCACUCCCUCUAACAUGUAAACUCACUGAGCAGGGCCCUCAAUCCCUCUGUUACUGUGUCGCUAUACCCCACUCCCUCUAACAUGUAAACUCACUGAGCAGGCCCUCAAUCCCUCUGUUACUGUGUCACUAUACCCCACUCCCUCUAACAUGUAAACUCACUGAGCAGGCCCUCAAUCCCUCUGUUACUGUGUCACUAUACCCCACUCCCUCUAACAUGUAAACUCACUGAGCAGGCCCUCAAUCCCUCUGUUACUGUCACUAUACCCCACUCCCUCUAACAUGUAAACUCACUGAGCAGGGCCCUCAAUCCCUCUGUUACUGUGUCACUAUACCCCACUCCCUCUAACAUGUAAACUCACUGAGCAGGACCCUCAAUCCCCCUGUUACUGUGUCACUAUACCCCUCUCCCUCUAACAUGUAAACUCACUGAGCAGGGCCUCAAUUCCUCUGUUACUGUCACUAUACCCCACUCCCUCUAACAUGUAAACUCACUGAGCAGGCCCUCAAUCCCUCUGUUACUGUGUCACUAUACCCCACUACCUCUAACAUGUAAACUCACUGAGCAGGGCCCUCAAUCCCUCUGUUACUGUGUCAGUAUACCCCACUCCCUCUAACAUGUAAACUCACUGAGCAGGCCCUCAAUCCCUCUGUUACUGUGUCACUAUACCCCACUCCCUCUAACAUGUAACCUCACUCAGCAGGGCCCUCAAUCCCUCUGUUCCUGUGCAUCCAACUCGUCUGGUUACAAUUACAUGUCUGUCAUUCCACCCAUUGUUCAGCGCUACGGAAUUUGUUGGCGCCUUAUAAAUAAUAAAAAUAAUAAUAAUAAUAUUUGUGGGCCCAGGACAAAUAGAGAAAUAUCAAUGUAUGCGUCCUAGUAAAAUAUUUUAUAAAUAAAUAUUAGCAACAUGCAUUUUAUUAUUAAUUAGUUUGUUGACUUUAGGAGAAAGCCAACUGCCACUCUGAAAUCAAAAGAGUUUUCUGUCUUUGCAGCUCAGUUGGGCGUUUGAUUUUGUUUUUUUGUUUCCCUAUGAAUCAACAGCAUCAACAGAGAUCUGUGAAAGAUCAAAGCAUGAGAGCCUAUGUAUACAAGGCUGUAACUCUUGAUUUCUCUAUAAGCAUUUAUGAAAUGCGAAACUUUCAGAUGAUUCUGUCUGGAGAGGUUUGGCAGAGUCCCAUAUAAUCAUUUUACCUCUCGAAGACAGUUUGUUCUCCUGUCGCUGUUUGUUAAUUAACCAUGACGAGUCAAUAUUAAAGCUUGCUGCUCUUAAUCUCCUAGGACUGUAUUGUGCAUUUCUUUGCAAAUUAAAUUAAAUUGCACAAUGUUCUAUCUUUCUCAGGCUUAUCGUAAGCCUCCCAGUGCUCUUGGAUUGGGACUGGGUCCAAAAACUGAAGCCAAUAAGCUCUGA